AGACCCCGCCCCCCGUGGCCGGGCCGACGGCGGGCGGCGAUGGCGGCGCUCGCGCAGGAAGAAGACCAAAAUCAGGAUGCCAUAGGUGAAAAGGCAGAAGACCAAGAUCAGGGUGCAGUAGGUGGAAAGGAAGACCAAGAUCAAGAUGCCAUAGGUGGAGAGGAAGAAGACCAAGAUCAGGGUGCCAUAGGUGGGCAGGAAGAGAAAGAGAAUAAGCCGUUUCUUUCUCUUUCCCAAAUUACUGCUUUGUUAGAAGAAAAUCUAGAAGGAGUUGAAAAAAUGUUGGAAGAAUUUCUGAAUUUUACACAAUUAAAGACAUCUUGGAGAAAAGCUGUUUUAAUAGAUUAUUACAGUGCGGGAUUUUCGUGGGCUAAAGAAAUGAACUUCAGUCUUACACAGCUCUCAGAAUUCAUGGAACUAUUAAAUUUCAUCUUGGAGAACAUCAGUGACAAACAUAUGACCUUAGGAGAUAAUUUAAAAGAACUGGAAAGAGCAAUGGCUGAAAUAGGAGAAACUGAUUCAGAACAAGGAGGUGACUUGAAUUUCUUCAGCAUUGAGCAAGGCAAAGCAAUCAUUGAUUACUUCAUUAACAGCUUAUUUAAAUACUAUAGAGUGUAUGAAUUCCUCUUCCAGCAUCCUAGAGGACUUGAGUUAAGUGAUGAGCACCAGGAGUAUGGGAUUGGACUUGACCAACCUGCAGUUCCCUCCUCAGCUGCAGCAACAGAAUCUCAGGGGUCUGCUCAGGAGGAUUACCUGGAAGAGCCCUGUCCAGAGGCAGAGUCCUCCAAGGCAGAUGCUGUGGCUGGUGUCACUGCUGAAGAUCAGAAGUCUGCAGAGUGUGAAAUCCCAAAUGAAAUUAUUGGCAACCUUGAGGCAGAUGUAAAUGAAAAGCUGCAAACACAGGAAGAAGCUUAGACUCGGAGAACAGAAAAAUUAAAAACUCCUAAAUAGCCAGAUAAGAAAGGCAAUGCUGGGUUUCACAGGAAUGGGGCAGUAGGGGAUGGCACGCACAGAGCUGGCUCCCUGCCUGAACAUAAUUAUUUCUGUAUAAAGGAAAGUGGUUCUGUUAACAUUUACCUAGAAGUAGUUCAUCUCAGUUCCUCAAAUUUACUGUGUUCUGCCAGCGUUGUUGUUUAGUUUAGGCUUAAGUUGAAGAUUAUAAACAGAAGGAUACAGAAUCAAAACAUGUCAAAGUUCAGUUUAUUUCUGAAUAGAAAAUCUAACAUAAAAAAAAAAACUGUUGAAGUUUCAUUCUCUUUCAUUCUUCCAGUUGUGAAAUAUUUAACAGUUUCUGCUUUACACCAAUGGCUUUUUUUCAGGAAAUGUUGCUACAAGGAGAAUACAUAGAGAGGAAACAUCAUUUUGAGUCACUGCAGAUAUAAGGAGAGAAUUUAAUUAACAUGUAAUUACACACUUUUCACUGUAGCUAUUCGUUAAUAAUAUGUAUGUUAUUUCAUUUUAAUUUGCUUCCUAAGCUUUAAAACACACUUAAUAGCUUACACUUCUUUCUUUCCACCAUAUUAAAAUUCCAUAAAUGAAAAGUUUGCACUUCAGCAUUCCCAAGAAGAGUUCCUUUAGAUUUCAGGAGAAUUUUUUCUGGAAUGCAUGUAACCUUUCAUCUGAGAAUGUUUCCAUAUUUUUUCCAGACAUUAGAGAAUGUUUCAUACUCAAAAGGAAUUCAACCAAAUAAAUGACCUCAGAAGAACCGGUUUAACAUCUACAUUUCAGAACUGUGGCCUGUAUUUAUUGUGUCACAGAACUCUGUGCCCUAGAAAGCAUGUGAAGUACAAGUCAUGCUUUGAAGCGUAAAGGCUGGAUUGGAUUACAUGUUUAGUGGAAUAUUUGAGAAAUAGAGUGUUCUAUUCAUUACAUUUUCAUAUUUGUCUCCCACUCAGUAAAAAGUUUGUUUCAUUUCAUCCCCGUUUUUUGAUGGUGGUAAAUGAAAAAAAUUGGCAAGCCUGACUCAGUCCAAUCAAAAAAAAAAAAUAAAAUGGCUUGUACCGUUUUUCCUAAAAGGUCUGAUUUGGUGAUGCCUGCCUUGCAGGGGCUGCUCCCAGUGGGCAUGGGUCCAAGUGUGCAGCUGGAAGGGUCGUUCCCAUGUGCUGGUCAGUGGGAAGUGGUCCCACAGCUAAAGACCACAUCCAGUACUGUGCCUGGGCACCAGCAGCCUGGGUGUGCUCUACAGAGUUCGAGUCACAUGUGGACUCUGAGCUCCUGUAAAGAAAUGGUUCAGUGUUUGAAGUGGACGGAGUCUUUUACUGGGUCUCUGGGCACUGAGAAAGAUUGUUCCCCUGGUGGGUCAUAAGGAGAAGUGAGCUCUGUAAUGAUUCACUUCCAAGUUUUCUUGGUUGCUCUUUCCAGUGCUGACCAGGAAAUUACUGUGAGCUUCCUUUCAGCUAUUAACAGCUUAUUCUGCUUUGAACACUGAAGGAAUUCCUGAAACAUUAUUAGUUUUACAUUUAAAAAAAUAAAAAUUUUGUUCCUGGUUGUGUUCUUUUGUUGUUUUAUUGCUAUGAAAUAAAACUUUUUUUGUUAUCAAAACUUUGUGAAAUCAAAAUGUCCUUUACUUUAAAACAUAAAUCCAUCUCCCAGCACACUAUGCUAAUGUCACCAUUUCCCUGGUUUUGAACUCAAAGAUGAGAACAGAACUUUUGAAGAGAGCUGUCCAUAUGACAAAGAGUAUUUUAAAUACUUUUUAGUGAAAAUGUGUUAUUGGCAAUUUAGCAUUGUUUAACACUUCAGACCUAGGACCGAGGACUGCAGCAUUCCUGCUGUAGAGCUAAGCAGAAAGGACUAGCUGUGAUUUAUGUUAAGACCAAUGCUAAACAAAGGCUUUUGCCCAUAGCUCUUUCUCUCUCUCUCUCCCAGAUUUUGUGGAACCUCUGGGAAAUUUUAAAGUGCUUUGAAGAUGAGAAAUUGUAUAUGAACAUCAAGUAAUACUGUGAUGAUUUGUUAGCAGUCACUACAUAUGCAUAACAGCUGAGGUAGUGCAGAAAUCCAAAGUGAAGUCCAAAUCCCACAAACUAUAUUUGUAACCAUCUUUCUGCUGAACUAAAUAAUGCUACCAAUAAAAAAUAGCCCCUGGGAUUUUUGGGGAGUGGGAAGGAGGAUGGUGAGGAGGCUGAAGGGGGGAGGAUGAGUAGAAGGUAGACGUAGCAUCUCUCUAAGCAGUCAGAGUGCAUGUUCUGACACAGCGUAUGAACAUGGAAUUGAAGAAUCCUUUAAUGUCUUCAGAAUGUUAAUAUGAAAUGCAAAACGUCAUGCUUUGGAUAGAUGGAUAGGAACAAAAUGUUCAGAUGCAAUAUGGUGCAUUAAGAACAGUCUCCAUUCUGCAUUCCUGGCUUUUCCAUUGGUUUAAAUCAGGCUUGCUGUUUCUCCAGCCUCUUGUGUCAUGUUGAGUUACUGCUAUAGUCAUCUCUAAAAAUAAUUAUGCUGUCAUUCCUUGAAUCUACAGUUGAGGCUUUGGUGUAACAAUCUCUGGUUAUUAUUUUUUUGCCACACUGUUGGUGUAACAAAGUUCGUUACAAUGCACAUAGUUCUUAACGGGUUCCAACCCUGCAGAGCUCUCAAUUUAAAUCAGAUCUUGUAGAAAUGAAGGGAAGAGGUGUCAUGUUCUA